UGCGGGAGGGCGGGGAGGGGAGGCAGGCCACACCACAGAGCCUGGGACCAGAGGGACGCUCAGACACAGGGCUCCGGCCAGCGUGGGCCAGACUGCCCAAGGAUGAUGACGCCCAGGGCCCUGGGGGUCCUGCUUCUCUCGCUCCUCCUGCUCUGGGCCUCAGGUAUGGAAAAUUCUAGGAGACAAACUGAGAAACCGAGAAACGUCUGCCUGGGGUCCAUCAAUGAGGGCCAGUAUGAAUCUUUCCACCUGGGGAACACCGCUGAGUGCUUCACAAAGUGCACUCAGUCUGGGAAUGAACCCUGUAAUCUGGAAAACUUGCAGAGGUACUGGCUGGAUUUCGAGUACCACCUGGUGAAGAGUCGCUCAGACACAGUGAAUAUGUCUUUUUUGAAGGCUGCUGUCCAGAAUGUCAGCACCAACAUCUCAGGAGACCUGUUCUUCUCUCUGACGCCCUCCCAGGUUCCGGGGCAGGUGACGGAGGAUGAGCACGCGUACCCCGACAGAGUCCGACUGCCCAGGAGCCUCUUUGAAUCCCUGCAGAGCAACAGGUCGGAGGUCUUGCUGGCUGUCACCAUCCUGGACAUCGGUCCAGGGAAUCUUUUCAAGGGCCCCCAGCUCAGCCGGAAGGACGGCAGCCACGUGUUGAACAAUCGCCUGGUGGGCUUGAGUUUGGGCAGUAUACCUGUCAGCAGGCUGGCUGAGCCUCUGGAGAUCACCUUCUCGCACCAGCACCUACCCCCCAACAUGGCCCUCAACUGUGUGUUCUGGGAUGCGACUAAAGGAGACUGGUCUUCCGCCGGCUGCUCCACGGAGCUCAGAGCCAAGAGGACUGUGUGUCUCUGUGACCAUCUGACCUUCUUCGCUUUGCUGCUGAAGCCGAUCUUGGACCAGGACACCGUGAAGUCCCUCAUUCGCAUUUCCCAGGCUGGCUGUGGAGCCUCUAUGAUUUUCCUGGCCUUUACCAUUGUCCUCUAUGCUGCCCUAAGGUUCUACCGGUUGAGGUUCAAGUCCGAAGAUGCCCCCAAGAUCCACGUGGCCCUGAGCGUGAGCUUGUUUCUCCUGAACCUCACCUUCUUCGUCAACGUGGGGCACGGCCCUGAGCUGCGGGAUGCCGCCUGCCGGGCCCGGGGGGGCGUCUUUCACUACUUCCUCCUCUGCACCUUCACCUGGAUGGGCCUGGAAGCCUUCCACCUCUACCUGCUGGUCAUCAAGGUCUUCAACACCUACUUUGGCCACUACUUCCUGAAGCUGAGCCUCGUGGGCUGGGGCCUGCCUGCCCUAAUCGUCUUUGGCACCGGGAGCGCGGGCAGCUAUGGCCGCUACACCAUCCGCGACCAGAGGAACGUCACCACGCUGGAGCUGUGCUGGUUCCGGGAGAAGACGGCGGCCUCUGCACUCUACACCACCGUCCACGGGUACUUCCUUGUCACCUUCCUCUUCAGUGCCGUGGUCCUGGGCCUGGUGGCCUGGAAGAUCUUCACUCUGCCGAGUGCCACAGCAAGCAGGGAGCAAGGACCGAGCUGGAAGGGGUUCCUCACGGUGCUGGGCCUCUCGAGCCUGGUGGGUGUGACCUGGUGGCUGGCCAUCCUCAUGCCCCUGGGCCUGUCCACCAUCUAUGUCUUCACACUGUUCAACUCCCUGCAAGGCGUCUUCAUCUUCUGCUGGUUUGCCACGCUCUACUUCCCCAGCCGGAGCGCCGUGUCCUCCUCUUCUGGCACCGGCCGAGCCGACCAGAUCCACACCACGUCUCAUGAAUAGAAGGCCUCCGUGGGGUCUGGCUGGGAGCAAGCCCCACAUUCUGGACUCAGUUCUGACUUCCCGUGUGACCGCAGGCUGCUCCCUGUCUCCUUCUGGGCUUCAGGACAAUGUGCCUAGGGAGGGAGGAGAUGGGGACCAGGUGGGACCUGCCUGGCCUCAAAGGUUCCAUCCAGAUACUUUGAUGGGUCUUAAAGUCCACAAAUCCAGGAUAGCAGGUGUCUACGGUUCCGAUACCCCUAAGACCCCUGCCAGCACAGAGCAGUGCUCCUGCCCCACCCCUACCUCCACCGAAGACCCCUGCCGGCACCGCCCCCUCUCCCCACCCCCACCUCCUGCCUUCAUAGCAAAGCAGCUGAUCUCUGCCAUUGUCCACCUUCUGGUCUCAGUAACAGGAGAGUCUGCUGCUAGUGCUGCCCCUUGAAGGAGCCUGGCCUCUCUUCUUCCUCCCCCUUGCCACUGCCCUCCUCCACCCACACCCUCUGGCUGCCUGUCCCCAUCCCGUCAGGCACUGGGGCAGUUGUGGACUAGAGCUUUGGGCCUAUCUUCACAGAUGAGGCCCCGCCGUUCAGGGGGCUGCCAACCCUCUAGCUGUUGGGGGACACCGAAUUUCAGAGAAUGCCGCUUAUUCAGUCGUGGGUGCGGUACCACAAGGAGGCCCUCUCCCUACUCUGACAGCCCCGUGUGUGGCCCGACCUCUGAUCUGCCGUCACCGUCACCGUGCGCUGGAGGGCAAAUGGUCCAGAGCUCUGCACACAGGAGGGCCAAGGGGCAAGGCAGGGAAGCAGCGGGUGGGGCUGAGCAGAGAGAAGGCAAGCUUUUCCCCCAGGAUCCGAGGUCCAUUCCGGCAGGCACGUGGGCCUCACUCACCAGUUCAGCCCAGCCCGAACCUGACUCGGUUCAGACCCGGAGUAAAUAUCUGCUGGCUGAAUAGACGGAUGUGUGAGCUGGGCCGGACAGGGUUCUGAGCCAGGGGAGUGUCUCCGGCCAGACCCAGCUUGGGUAUGUGUCACCUCCAGUGGCUGGGCCUCCGUUUCGCACCUUCCAGCUGGUCUCCUCAGUAGGAAACAAAGAGGCAGAGAUAAGAGAGUGAAUUAAUAGACAAACCAACACAAAGAAAAAGAGUGGAGGGAACAGAAAGAGAGCAGCCCCUUGGCCGGCCCCACCUCACACCAUCAUGCCCCAACUCUAGUCUUAAGUUCCCAACCACUGGGGCCUCUCACCUUCUCUACUCAACCCCCCUUCCCAACGUGCUUUGCCAAGGCCAAGCACCUGCUGGAGGUGAGAAGCCGCUAUUACCUGACCGUCCGCCACAGCCCCUGGGGCGUCAGGCCACCUCCUGCUCCCCGGUGCCCAUGCCCAUGGAUGCCCUCUUCUCCCUCCUCCCACCCAGCAAAAGUAUGAAAGACAGGAAGGCAGAGGCACUUGGUUUAUGCAAGUCGCUGUGUUCCUGGAAGAGAAUUCUAGUGUGCAGACAGUUGCGACAGCGGAGCCACGUCAUAUCAAGUUUUGCAGACAAGCUUGGUGGGUUUGAGGACUUAGUUUUACAGACAUCUAUUUCCCACGCUGGAGGGCUGGGCUCCCUCACCCCAAAGUCUCAGAGUUUCUGAGCACAAACCUGUGUGCUCGACAGCUGCUUCCGUGUGGGACGGGCCUGGGUUCAAAUCCUGGCUCUGCUACUCAGGGGCUUUGUGAUGCUGGGCAUGUCACCUCCCCUCUCUGAGCCUCAGUGUCACCCUCCAUAAAAUGGGGAACAUCGAGUUCUUGCCUCGACCUGUGAGCAUGAAGUGAGGUGACGAAAGUAAAGCCCCUGAGAGUGACGCAGCAGGAAUUAGGGAGCCCCGCAGCUUGAAGAAAGAGCAGGCGGUACCUUUGUGUGAAACAUAAGCCUUUGAGACCUGUGUGCAACAUGGGAGGGGGAUGAAGGGCUCAGCUCCCUUCCAGAUUCCUUCUACAGCCCUGCCAAGUGGGCCGGCCCUGUGCGGGAGGAGGAAAUGGAGACCCAGAGAGGUCCAGCAACCUGCCCAAGGCUACACGGCCAGCGGGGCUGACGCAGAGCUGGGCCUCUCUGGGCUGUCCAUGCUGCCUCCCAGAGCAUCGCCUGGGUUCCAGAAUUAUUGCCUCAGCCCCGAUCCCUGAGUCUCCAGGGAAACAUUGGGAUCCAGCUUUCCCAGUUGGAUGCGGGGGCAACGAAACCAUAGCCACCGAAUGGACUGGGUUUCCUGGUGCUGAUGGAGAGGGAAGUUGGGGAGAUGUGGUUAAUGGUGGGCCAGACGGGGCCAGAGGGGCUGGGGUCCCUCAUAACCUGGGGUCCCUGUAAAAGUGGCUCCAAGUGCCAAGGUGAGCACAUGCUAAGGACAGGCGGAGCUCUGGCAAAAAUGCACCCCAAGGCCCAGUGCAGAUGGAGGGGGCUCCACUGUCACCACAGACCACAGUAGCAAUCUAGGAGGUGGGCAGCACCAGGCUGAAAGGCAGGAACUCUGAGGUCACCCUGUCUGGACCACAUUCUUCCUCUGUAACUUGCAUUGGGCCAGUUCCUCGCCUACUGAGCCCCAUAGCAGUAACUGCCCCCACAGAAUGGAUGAAGGCUUCAGGGAGAUCCUGGUUGAGAGGGUGCCCCAGGUCUGGACCCCCAGCCCAGCGUGAUGGUGACUGAGCCACAGCUUUGCUCCGGGCUGCUGUGGCCAUCUGCAAGGAGGGCCUCCUGCCAUGCCUCCCUGCCUGGUUCUUUCUGCUCCACCCCACCUUCUUCAUUCCUUGUAUUUUUCAUUACGUUUUAACAAAUGUACAGGACAUAAGAGGACUGACUGGCUCUGUGUUCCCAGAUAGAUAACUUAAUAUCAAAAGACAACAAUUCUUCCCAAAUUAACCAAUGAAUACAAAGCAGUUCCAAUAAAGAUUUCCGAUGAUUUUUUUAA